CCAACUUUUUGUAGGGUUUCCAUCUGGUGGAAUCAGCCUUACGAUGUCCGAAUGAACUCUCUUCGCGAUCCGUUCAGCUUGCGCAAUAAAACCCCGCUUCAGAUUUUGCGUUCGCCCCUAUUACAAACCAUCCAAACAGAAGUCCAGAAGGCCGCGGGCCCAGCUAUUGACUCGGCGGUCGAAACACUCGGAUCAAUGUCGUUUUCCAUUCCGAAGAACGUCCCUUCAUUCACGAGCCCUAACCGUGAAUUUGAAGAUGGAGCUGUUGGCGGCCUAUUCGGAGCCAAUAGAGAUCUACCAUUAUACAAGGACAAGCCUUAUUACCAAAGAUCGGGGCGAGAUCGGAGAAAGAUGUAUCGACGGAAACGGUUUCUAGGUGGUCUCAUAGCCAUCUUUGGACUGUUCUACUGGUUUGGGUAUUUCCCCGGUACUGGCACAAGCAUCCUUCCGAUUAAGAAGAAAACCAAGGAAAUUGUGAACUGGGAGGAUAGGAGGGAGAAGGUUAAGGAAGCCUUUACGUUGAGUUGGAAUGCUUAUGAAAAGCACGCUUGGGGCAACGAUCAGUUCUUUCCUGUCACCAAAGCAGGACGGCAGAUGAUCCCUAAGGGCAUGGGCUGGAUUAUCGUUGACGCACUGGACACUAUGAUGAUAAUGAACUUGACGAAGCCGUUGGAAAAGGCUCAACACUGGGUGGAACACUCACUCACUUUUGAGCAGGACAGCGAAGUGAACACGUUCGAGACCACUAUUCGAAUGUUGGGCGGCCUGUUAUCCGCACACUACCUCUCCCAGGAUUUGAAACUUGUUCCUGUGAAGAAGGCUGUCGAAGAUAUGUACCUCAAUAAAGCUACAGAUCUUGCGGACAGGUUGCUGGGCGCCUUCGAUUCUCCUUCAGGGGUCCCCUUCGCGAGCGUUAAUUUGAAGUCCCGCGAGGGAGUGCCUUCACACGCAGACGGGGGUGCAUCAUCAACAGCGGAAGCCGCAACGCUGCAGUUGGAGAUGAAAUAUCUCUCAAAGUUGAUUGGUGAAGCCCUAUAUUGGAAAAAGGCAGAGAAGGACGGCCUUGUCCCGAUCUUUGUUUAUGCUGAUACCGGAAAUUUCCGUGGACACGAAAUCAGGUUAGGAUCGCGAGGUGAUAGUUAUUAUGAAUACUUAAUCAAGCAAUAUCUCCAGACUAAAAAUCAGGAGCCUAUCUACCUAGACAUGUACAACGCUGCUAUGUCAGGUGUCAAGAAGCAUCUCAUCGCCAAAUCCCAUCCAUCACAUCUUACAUUUAUCGCCGAACUUCCAAAUGGCAUUGGCGGUGAAUUAUCUCCCAAGAUGGAUCACCUAGUUUGUUUCAUGCCAGGUCUUUUUGCUCUCGGUGCUACUGAAGGCCUUACGGUCGAAGAAGCGCGCAAAGCAGAAAAGGGGGUAAAGUGGGGCGUCCGACAAGAGGAAGACCUUAAACUUGCCCGUGAACUCAUGCGCACCUGCUAUGAGAUGUACAAUGUUACGGCCACAGGGCUCGCCCCGGAGAUUGCAUGGUUUAACCUAAAGCAUGGCAAGAGUGGCGAUGGAGAAUUCCUCAAAGAGGAUCCAAGCAAAGACAUCAUUGUCAAACCCCGUGAUGCGCAUAACCUCCAGAGGCCAGAGACGGUCGAAAGUUUAUUCGUCAUGUGGAGGAUCACGGGUGAUGAGAUCUAUCGUGAAUGGGGGUGGAAGAUUUUUGAGGCCUUUCUUGAGCAUACUGCCGUUGGCGAAGGCGCAAAGGAUGGCUUUACCAGUCUUGAUAAUGUCAAUGAGAUCCCGCCUAAGCAACGCGAUAACAUGGAGAGCUUCUGGCUGGCUGAAACCCUGAAAUAUCUCUACCUACUCUUCUCCCCGAACGAUAUCCUCCCUCUCAACGAGGUGGUCUUCAACACGGAAGCUCAUCCAUUUCCCAAAUUCGAGAUGGGCCAUCUCUUCGAGACGGGCUGGAAGCGCCUGCCAAGAGACAAGGAGGGGGUAAUCAUUAAGGAGGGGCCAAAGGAGGAAGAUGCAGAAAAUCCGAAGAAAGACAAGGAUGAGAAAUAGAAUAAUUUGUACAACUAAUGUGAUUUCGUGUGAAUAUUCAAAAGUGCAAGGGAGGGGGAGGGGGCGUACUUUUUAGGGGAGGUGUAAUCGAUCGGGGUUUUUUUUAUUAUACCAUCAUACCACUAUGUAUGAUCGUGCAUUUCUUGGUAUAACCUUUUGGACGCAAGGAUUGGGCAAGGUAGUUUUAAUAAUGGAGAUUUGUGGAUUUCGAAAA